AUGCGCGCACCCGCUGACAAUCUGGAAGCUGUUUUUCGCAUCACUCAGCGAAUUGAUGCAAUUGGUGAGCGCGAUCCAGGUGUUGUCAUGGGACUCUCGUGGUAUUACAUUAAGCUUAUCCUACUAACUGGUAUCGGCUGGGCCAUGGAUUCGAUGGAAACGUUCAUCUUUACCUAUUGUGCCGCACUUAUCCGUGAAGAUAUACCACAAAGCUCCCGUCAAGCCUCGUUUCUUGGUGGUGCUGUCUUUGUCGGCUCAUUUAUCGGCUCAUUUCCAUUCGUCGGUCUCGCCUUUUGCGCCUUAAGUUGGGACAUCACCUCUAUUACCUGUGCGCGUAUCAUCUCCGGCAUUGGUCUCGGCGGUGAGCUGCCCAUAGCCUCCACGCUCGUGCAGGAACUAUCACCCAAGAAGACUCGUGGCAAAAUUAUUGUGCUGCUCGAGUCAUUUUGGGCCAUCGGCUGCAUGAUGGCGGUUAUCAUGGCAUUCGGCGCUGCACCCAAGAUUGGUUGGCGAGAAACUUUUUUUAUCAGUUGCGCACCUGUAAUCUAUGCAGUCGUCAUCCGGCUGUGUAUUCCGGAGUCGCCUAAAUGGCUGGCGAGCGUCGGUCGCUACGAUGAAGCCGUCGCUAUAGUUGAGUCUAUCGAACGUGCACAUGGUGUGAACCUGUAUUGCAAGAGUGAAGCGGAAACCGGCGAAUCGGUUACACCGAUUUCGCUUCAGCUUCCAAGAUCUCACAUCAAGCGCAUCAGAAUUCUUUUUCAACGCCAGUUCUGUGUGCGCACCACUGUCUUGUGGACGCUAUGGUUUGGUAUCUCCAUGUCGUACUAUGCUAUCUUCAUAUACCUUCCCAUGCUGAUUUCUCUCAAAGGCUACAACCUGAAUGGUCAGUGGGAGACGAUUUUAAUCAUUACAGCUUUCCAGCUUCCUGGCUAUUUCGCUGCCGCGGGACUGGUAGAGGUCAUAGGCCGUAGGCAUACCCUUGUGCUUUUUCUCGUUGGCUCCUUCGCAUCUGCAGUUGCCAUGGGCUACGUGAAAGCUUCCCAGAUUCCAGUUAUGGUAACUGGAGCAUUAACAUCCUUUUUCAUGUUGGGUGCAUGGGGAUGCGUGUACGCGUACACUCCAGAAAAUUAUCCAACGGCGAUUCGCGGCGUGGGUGCUGCUUAUCCGUCGGGAUUCAGCCGUAUUGGCUCCUUCAGCGGACCGUACCUAUGUGCCUCAAUGUUCGGUGACUGGAAUGUAUCUCUCGCGGGAAUUAUGUGGACUUUUGGCGGUUUGUUAGUGGUGAUUGCAGCCAUUGUGCAACUCUUCGGUUACGAGCCUCAUGGCAAAAAUGUUGAGUUGUACGAUGACGAUCCAUCUGAACAGUCCCAUGACUUUAAAAGCGUGCAUACGCCAGCGUAG